AUGAAGCCGAUAAAGAAGCAAGGCCGGCGCUCUCCUCCGUCAACCCGGACCAAAGGGGGGAAGAAGCGAGGAGCUGGGGACAUUUCAGACGGAGGCGAGAAAAGAGAUUCGGAUGAAAAUAGAGCAGUUUCGCCACAGACUCAAACUUCAGAUUAUUUGCAAGAGCCAAUCAGAGGGAGGGACAGUUCGAAUGGGGAGGGGCUCUGCAGAGAGGGUUUGUUCGAUGCAGAUUCAGGGAAACUGUUGAUGUCUUCAGAUGAGGUUUCAGGUCGUUCGGUUGUGAGCAGCGGAAGCCAUAGCGACAGCGGCGGUAGCAGUUGGAGUAAUAGCAGUACACCAAGCGCUAACAAUAGCCCCAAUCAUGCGUUGAGCCGGAAAACAGCCACUUUCAAGGCUCGAGUCCCGAAAAAGAAAUAUACAUCUGAACACUGCUCAUCAUCUGGGAACAGCCAUCCAGCUCCCAAUUCCUCACCUCCGCCUCACAAUCAAUACUCUGUUAGCCAGGCGCGACCAGUUCAAGAAGCUGAAGUCUCGCAAUCCCAAAACAGAAGGCUAAUAGAAGAUUUCCACAAUAGCAGGAUAAGCAGAGACAGCUCCCCAGGACCACCCACAUUAACGCUUGCGACGGAGCAGGAAAGACCAGUUGGGGCGGAGGACAGAGUUUCACCCAGUCCGCUGCCUAGAUGCUCCUCCACCGACACAGCAAGUGAGCAUUCCGCCGAUCUAGAGGUGGUCAAUGAAAUGCGUGUCCCAAUGGGGCUGCCUGACUUGCUUUCAGACGCCCUGGCGAAAGGAUUGAAGAACCAGCGUAUCCUGGCUCGACUACCGAGGAGGAGAGGGGAGGAUGGCAAAGAUCCUGAAGAUACUGAGAAUUCUGGGUUGGCGUUUCGAGCUGGUAUCGUCCGAAAGGUCAACGGAGAAUUUGGACAUCUAGAGGUACAACUCAAUGGUGAAAAGACUCUGCUGAGGUAUCCAUACAGGCGUGAUAGCACUUCUGCGCCUGUGGACAUAAUUCUUGAUGCCCCACCUCCAGGAGUCCACCCCAUUCCAAUUGGAACUCGAGUUUGCGUCCCAUUUGGGAGUAAGGAGGCCAUCGAAGGACAGUGGUACAGAGAAGGUGUGUUGAAUCAAGUUGAUUCUCACCCCGCAGUGUCCCAUCGGUACAGAGUCGUUCUCACAGACGAAAGACACCUAUCUCUCAAUCAUGAAGACAUCACUAACACCACCCAGGCUGUUUGGGUGUCCAGACAAACACUCCGCCUCCUGGUGCCACCCUGGGACUUGGACCUGCCUUCUGUUGGAGCUUGCAGAGAAGCCGAAGAAAGGGUUAGGGAAAAGGAGAGGGAAGAGCGCGAGGAUUUGGAUGUUGAAGUUUGUGGAAUGACUUCUCGAAUGGGGCCAGUGAUGGGAAGAGGGAUGCCAUUUCCUGGUAUGGUACCGGUCACGUCAUCAGUCGGUCAUAGCAUCGCAUCGCCGGUCACGCCUGCAUCUGUCCUGAGUCUGGCUCCGGGGCGCGAAUGGGAUAUCGAGAAGGGACGGGAGCUUCAGAGGAAACAGGAGCGAGAUAGAGAAAACAACUCCAAGCCACCACAAAUGCCCUACAUGCCACUGACUCCGGAGGAUGACAUGGAAGUGUCCAUUUUCAACAUGGUCCCAAUGGGGCCGAUCAUACCUGGGGCCAAACCAAUGACACUUCCGCAACCACAUCCACGCCACAUCCUCUCAAAGCACCCACCCCCAACAGGCUACCUCAACCCAUUGUCAGUGGUGCGGGGCAUGGUCCCGCCUACGCACAUCACCCUACAAUCCCACCCCCCUCCCUCUCCUAUAAUGCUCGCACUGGACCCAAAUGCAACCGUCAUCACCAACCCCCAGCUCCCACCUCUCCCACAAAUCUCCUCUUCUGCAGUGCAGGUUUCGCGAAUGGAUAAAGUCUCAGGAUCUUCGACUGGGGGAGGUGGGUCGGGUUCAGGCUCAACCUCUUUGUCCUCCUCUCGGUCUCGUACUCCGCUCACAGCAGCGCAGCAAAAGUACAAAAAGGGGGACGUGGUUUGCACCCCGACUGGAAUUCGCAAGAAGUUCAACGGAAAGCAGUGGAGGAGGUUGUGCUCAAGAGAGGGCUGCUCCAAAGAGUCGCAAAGGCGGGGGUAUUGCUCUAGACACCUCUCUAUGCGGACUAAGGAAAUGGAAGCCACUGGAGGCGGUCGCGACAGAGGCGGGGCAAGCAGCACCGGGACUCUCACUCCGUCUGAUCUCCGGAUGAGUGGAGGUAGAGCCAGUUCGGAGUUCGACUGGGAUGAAACUUCUAGCGACACCAGCAGUCGUGGGGCAGAUUCACGGCCUCGUCUGGUCCUCCCAUCGCUGCUGCCCCAAGAUCUGUCCCGCUUUGACUUUGAUGAGUGUGAAGCAGCCACCAUGCUUGUGUCGCUCGGCGGUUCGCGCUCUGGCACACCAUCCUACUCCCCCAUAUCCAACCAAUCCCCCUUUUCACCGACACCAUCUCCUUCCCCGUCUCCGCUUUUCGGCUUUCGAUCUUCAAGCUUCAGCCCGAUCACGUCCCCUGCUUCAUUAACUCCUCGUCGACCUCGUCAGCUCAGUGGGACAAAAAUCAGCACCCCAGGAGCUGAGAGGGAACGCCACUUGUCUGGAAUAGUCCCAACCUUCCAAACCAACCUCACUUUCACAGUACCCAUGAGCCCUAGCAAACGUAAAAUGGACUCGCACCCUAUCCCGCCUCUACCAUCCAUUCAGGACUACCAAAACAAGUCCGAUCCACAGUUGGUGGGAGUCGCCGGGACAGGGCUGGGCGAUCCAACUUUAAGCCCAGCGUUCAGAGUUCUAUCACCUCAGAGUCAGCCAGCAACCCCCUCCUCGCUAUCCUUCCCCAGGCCUCGCAGUGCUACCAGCAGACCCCCAUCCUCUGCCGCUUCUACGCCUCCACCCAUGCUGGUAUCCCCCACGCCACCAUCUCCGCUUCCUCAGGAGCCCUCAGCACGCCGCAUAGUACCCCUCCGGGACUCCCCGGUCAUCGUGCGUAACCCCGACGUCCCAUUGGCGAAGUUCUCGGACGGGCCGUUGGGGAGGAGGGAAAGAAGCAGGUCCAGAGAGCACAGUCAGCCUCAGCAUCCAGCACCUCCAGGACUCCAAGCCCCUGUUCCCAUCAACGGGGCAGCUCCGAACGGGACAGUCCUGCUGAGGAACACUUCGACACUGGUCCUGGUCACCUCCAGCUCAUCCUUGACUCCAGCCACAGGGGGCUCCACUCCCCUGUCCAGCGCCUCCACUCCGUCCUCUGGCUCCGUCCUGUGCUCCUCUGGGUCCGGGGGCAGAGAGAGGGAGCGCCGGUCUGAGGGAGGCCAUCAGGACUGCUCGGGGGUGCUGCCUCAGCCGGUGGCCUGUCACCCCACUCCCACCGCCCUCCUGCCCCUCAUCCUGCCCGCCGAGUCCCCACACCCCGCCCCACGCAAGCAGAUCAUCAUGGGACGUCCCGGCACCGUUUGGACCAAUGUGGAGCCGAGGUCUGUGCCGGUGUUUCCAUGGCACUCGCUCGUCCCCUUCCUCGAGCCCAGCCAAUCGGGAGCAGCGGUCCCGCCCACUGACGGACAACCGGUUGUCAAUCAAAGCAAAGAGCCUCGUUGUGGAGUGGCGCUGGUGAGUGACGGACACAGCGGUCCUUCAAACUCGGACCGCGGAUCUCCUUCCUGUCCUCUACCGACCAAUGAGAAUCCUCCUCCUGCCGAAAGGGGCGGGGCCGACAGCGAGACUGAGAGCGACACCGACGACCCGUUUUCUCCAGGUGUGGCCAACGAUCCAUCGCCCUCGGCUGCCACCGCGAAGAGACGCACCCAGUCCCUCAGCGCUUUGCCCAAUCAAGGAGACAGGAAGAGAGAGAAAGACCACAUCCGUCGUCCCAUGAAUGCGUUCAUGAUCUUCAGCAAACGUCACCGCGCCCUGGUGCAUCAGCGACACCCCAACCAGGACAACCGCACCGUCAGCAAGAUCCUGGGGGAGUGGUGGUACGCUCUGGGGCCCAACGAGAAGCAGCAGUACCACGACCUCGCCUUCCAGGUGAAGGAGGCCCACUUCAGAGCUCAUCCCGACUGGAAGUGGUGCAACAAAGACCGGAGGAAGUCUCUGUCGGAGGGCCGUGGGACCCCAAAGGAGGCGCGCGAGAGGAGCAUGUCCGAAAGCAUAGACCCACAAUCCCCUGGGGCGGAGACAAAGCCAUGGUUGGGGGGUGCAGAGCGGCGAGGAGCCUCCGGGGGGCAGCACACUCGUCCGAGAGCGUUUUCUCAGAGCGCUAUGCACAUACUGGAGCAGAGAGAGAAGGACAUCGACAAGGAGGACGGUCCUGGUCUGUUCCCGAGUCGUGGUCCUUCUCUGAUGGGACGUCCCGGAGUCAGUGAGGAUGUGAGCGAUGACGAGCGGAUGGUCAUCUGUGAGGAAGAGGGUGACGAUGAUGUCAUGGAGGAUUCUUGUCCAGAAGGUUCCAUCGACCUCAAGUGUAAAGAGCGAGUGACGGACAGCGAGGACGAACCAGACGGAAAGAAUGGUUUCCAGCCGGUGUCACGCUCCUCCCAUCCCCCCUGCUCUCUCGACUCUGGCUCAGGACAUGGCUCCGCAGGUCGGUGUGAAGACUCCGGGAACAGCAGGAGCAGAGGAGGCGAGGCGGGGCAGGAGGGAGGCGACAGAGAGGACAAACCCGAUCAGACCACCUCAGCGGCGGGAGAGGAGAACGGGACCCAGCCUCCCCCCACCGGGACGAGCGUGGUGCGUCCCAUCGCCAGCAAACCUCCGGACGGGACUGUGGACAAGAGGGGCAAGAUGGACAGCAAGGACAAGAAACCCUCUCUGCUGAUUGAAGGAGGCGGAUCUCAUCAACCGGUCACAGCAGGGGGUGGGUACCUGUCCUCCUUCUCCCCCCUCCAUGUAAACCCCAUCAAUGGUAGUGCACUGGUCACUGGCCUAGUGUUCGGUGGGUCCCAGCCUGUGCACCUCCUGGCCCCUUCACUCCCACACUCUCUGCCCAUCCUGUCACCGCCCUCCUCUGCCAGCAUGGCCAAUGGCGUGCACUCAGGGGUGGGACUAAGAGUCUGCCCCGGGACCAGAGUCCACCGAACCCAGUCGCCGGGGCUGCAGACGAAGAUGCUGGUUCCCAUGGCAACACCGAGAACAGGAAAUACUCCUCUUCAUCCUCAUCCGUCCAUCUCCCUCGUGGCCCCGCCCCUUCCUGUGCAGAACGGCCCCCAGGCAGGAAGUAAGAUCAUCCAGAUCGCCCCCGUGCCCGCGGUCCAGUCCCACCCCAACGGAGCGCCGCAUCCCGGGAGCCCCUUCCCUGUUUCCGUGGCAACCGUGAUGGCCCCCAGCGCCGCUCCUCCGCCGGCCGUGCUCCUGACCUCGCCUCCCACCAGGAUCCCCUUUGUCCAGCCGACCACAGGCCCCUCCUCCGCAUCCCUCCAGGGCCUGUCGUCUCCGGGACAGGCCUUCCUCCCUCAGCCCCUGGCCUCUCUGGGCUUCACUGCCAUCGCUCCUGCUGCGCCUCCUCUAAGCUGCCAGAACCCAGCGGGACAAGUCACUGCGAACACAGGACGCCCGGUCCUUACUGCCAUAUACCCUGCACAAGCCAUUGCCCUGACAGCUGGAGUGGUCCCAGUGACGGCCGUCUUCCCCAGCAGGCCGUCUCUGGAGACGCUCAGACCCUGCUCUCCGCGGGGUUCCGGGGGUCCUGGGGGCACGGUGAGAGUGAAGGUGGAGGUGAAGACGGAGGCGGAGGAGAACGAGUGCACCACAGAGAGCUGCGUCACUGCUGCAGGAAACGGUGAAGGACAGAUGAUCCAACACAUUAAGGAGGAAAACCUGAACGAUGGACAGAGCUGGGAAAAACAAAACGUGACGGAGAGAGAGAGAGCAGCGAAGGACAGCGGUGACAAGAGGGACGAGCAGAACCGCAGAGAGGCUGGUUCCUGUUCCCCUCCGGCCUCAGCCUCAGGCCUGGAUCCUCCCCCUCCCCCCACAGACCCAGGACCCUCUAAGAAGAUCAAGUUCAGACCCCCUCCGCUGAAGAAGACCCCAGACUCGGUGUUAUCCGGGGCGUACUUUGAGGAGCGUUUUGCAGAGCUGCCGGAGUUCAACCCAGAGGAGGUGCUGCCGUCCCCCACGCUGCAGAGUCUGGCCACCUCCCCCAGAGCCAUCCUGGGAAGCUACCGCCGCAAGAGACGCAACUCCACCGAUCUGGAUGCAAACCCAGAGGAGCCCAGUUCACCGCGGAGGAAAACCAGACGUCUGUCCAGCUGCAGCUCGGAGCCCAACACCCCGAAGAGCGCGGCCAAGUGCGAGGGCGACAUCUUCACCUUCGACAGAGCCGGAGCAGAGGGGGAGGAUCUUCUCGGAGACUUGGACCGGGUCCCAUAUUCGUCUCUGCGCAGGACGCUCGACCAGCGCCGCGCUCUCGUCAUGCAGCUCUUUCAUGACCACGGCUUCUUUCCAUCAGCUCAGGCCACGGCUGCGUUCCAGGCUCGCUUCUCGGACACGUUUCCCAGUAAAGUGUGUCUGCAGCUGAAGAUCCGCGAGGUGCGACAGAAGAUCAUGCAAGCCGCCACGCCUACGGAGCCCGGCGGGUCGGCCGAACCCAGCCCCGCCCCUCCCCACUGCUCCUCCUUCAAUCAGUCCCAGCGGGAGGACACAGGCCCGGGGGAGCAGGGGAGCGCGGACGACGAACCCAAAAACGAAGGAUCAUAA